CAAAUCAUUAUGUUGGGGUAAACAUUCUCAUCUCCUAAACCAAGUUCUUAAAGUGCAAUGAGUGUGCCGCAAGCCAGAGGACCCCACAUGUAUGAGUGAGAGGAGAGAAGGCCUUCCUACCUUCGGAGCCAGAGGGAGAGAGGGAGCUGCUGUGCUGCCAUUAAUAACAAGGCCCUGACACGUUAGGGUUUCCAGGCGCCUGGCUGUCUUUUGGGCAAAUGGGUCUUGCGGUUUUGCAUUGGCAGGCAUUAGGAGGACUCCUUUUCCUUUUACUUUAAUAAGGUGUCAGUGGUUUUGGUCUCUUGUGUCUUGAGGGGUUUCAAUAUUUGGAAAUUUCUUUUAAGUUAAAUUAUUUAAGCAUCUCGUUUUGGGGGUUUCUGGGGCACCAGUUUGGAGGGGUUUACCUAAAUUCUCUGUCUGAAUUAGAAAGUUUGAGUUUUUAUUUAAUUUUUAAUUUUUUGUGGGGUUUUUGGGGUCAGGUUUGGGGAUUUUUGGAGGUGGGUAUUUGUAGUGGAGUUGUUUUGGAGGAAUUUUCUUGGAUUCAGAACUGGGUUUGUAAAGGAAUUCAUUUUCUUCUGUUAUAUCUGCUGGUUUUUUGGGUCAGUUUUUUCCAGAAAAUUUAGUGGGGUUCUGCAAAGAAAGCUGCAUUGUGGUGCUGUUGGGUUUCUGCUUUCGGCUUUUUUUCAGGGAUUUUUCUGGCUGAUUUGGGCUUUUACAGUGGUUUUUGAGGGAAAGUGCUUAUUGGGUAUCCGCUUUUGCUUGUAAAACUGCCCUGAUUUGGGCAGUUACUAGUGCAUUUUGCCUUGAGGGAUUUGUUUCUGCAGACUUGAUUAGCUUGUCUCUGUUGGGAAGUUGUUCUUGAAGUUCUUCUGUACUGCUUUCACUGGGAGAAAAAAUGGCUUGCGUGAAAUUGGGAUCUAAAACUGAUGCAUUCCAUAGACAAGGACAGGCCUGGUUCUGCACCACUGGGCUUCCUAGUGACAUUGUUGUUGAGGUUGGAGAGAUGUCAUUCCAUCUUCAUAAGUUUCCUUUGCUCUCAAGAAGUGGGGUUAUGGAAAGAUUGAUUUCUGAAGCAUCUGAAGGAGAAGAAGGAUGUGUCAUAACCGUCCCUGAUAUUCCUGGUGGGGCAAAAACAUUUGAAUUGGUAGCCAAGUUCUGCUACGGGGUGAAAUUUGAGCUUUCUGCCUCAAAUGUUGUCUACCUUCGAUGUGCUGCUGAGCAUCUUGAAAUGACUGAAGACUACGGGGAGGACAACUUAAUCACACAAACUGAAGCCUUUCUCAGUCAAGUAGUCCUUCGAAAUUGGAAAGACUCUCUAAAGGCGCUUCAGACUUGUGAUGAUAUUCUCCCUUAUGCUGAAGAACUCAACAUUACCAAAAGGUGCAUCGAGUCACUAGCCACAAAAGCAUCUACUGAUCCUAAUUUGUUUGGGUGGCCUGUCAGGGAGCAUGGUGGCCCCAUGCAAAGUCCUGGUGGGAGUGUCCUGUGGAAUGGGAUAAGUACAGGGGCUAGACCAAAGAAGUCAAGUUCAGAUUGGUGGUAUGAGGAUGCAUCAACCUUAAGCUUGCCUCUCUACCAGAGGCUGAUUUCGGUCAUGGAAUCUCGUGGCAUCAAACAGGAGAUCAUUGCAGCCUCAAUCACUUAUUAUGCAAAAAAGUACCUUCCUGGGCUGAAUCGGCGUCAAGGCAAUGAUUCUAGUACUCAUCUUAAACCAGUGUCCUUGGGGUCCCCACCAUCAGAAGAAGACCAGAAGCUCUUACUUGAAGAGGUUGAUCGGUUACUUCCAUUUCAGAAGCGUGUAGUCCCAACCAAAUUUUUGUUUGGUCUACUUCGAACAGCCAUGAUUCUUCGAGCCAACCCUUCCUGCAUAUCAAAUUUUGAGAAAAGAAUUGGCAUGCAGCUUGAUCAAGCUACUUUGGAAGAUCUUUUGAUGCCCAACUUCUCUUAUUCUAUGGAGACUCUGUACAAUGUUGACUGUGUGCAACGAAUUCUUGACCACUUCAUUGCCAUGGAACAAACAGGAGGAGUGUCUCCAUGUUCGGUCGAUGAUGAACAAUUGAUCGGGUCUUCAGGCCCUUCACUGACCCCAAUCACAAUGGUAGCCAAGCUUAUCGAUGGAUACCUUGCAGAGGUUGCCCCUGAUGUCAACUUGAAGCUCCCCAAGUUUCAGGCUCUUGCUGCUGCUGUUCCAGAAUAUGCCAGACCCUUGGAUGAUGGUCUUUACCGUGCCAUGGAUAUUUAUUUGAAGUCGCACCCAUGGUUGGUAGAGUCCGAAAGGGAACAGCUUUGCCGGUUGAUGGACUGCCAGAAGCUUUCCUUGGAAGCUUGCACUCAUGCUGCACAGAAUGAGAGGCUACCCUUGAGAAUAGUUGUUCAAGUUCUCUUCUUCGAGCAGCUUCAGCUUAGGUCGUCAAUUGCCGACUGCUUCCUGGUAUCAGAAAAUCUUGAUGGAUCAAGACAGUUAAGAAGCGGGUUUGCUAUGUCUAACGAGGGAGGCUGGGCCACUACCGUGAGGGAGAAUCAGGUUUUAAAGGUUGGGAUGGACAACAUGAGGAUGCGGGUAUCCGAGCUUGAGAAGGAGUGUUCGAACAUGAGACAAGAGAUCGAGAAGUUGGGUCGCGUAAAAGGGUCUAGCACGUGGGGAAACGUAUCAAAGAAAUUCGGGUUCAAGAUUAAGUCCCAGAUGUGCAGUGCUCAAGAGGGAUCCGUCACCAAUCAACACAACGCGAUUGAGAAAGUCGAGAAGCUAAAGGAGAGGCAUGGAAAGCAUAAGAAAGACUCUGUUAAAGAUGAAUAGUUUUGAAGUUUUUCCUGUGUUUAGCUGGAUAUUUCUUCGAUUUCGGUUCAGAAAGUAAGUUCCAACGUUUGCUUCUUUGUGCUAAUACACCUGUUUAGUCUUUUGCUGUAUGAUAUUCUGCCGUAAUUAUGUGUAGUGGCGAUGGACAAACGAAGUUACCUUGUAAUUUGGUUCUCAACAAAGUUCAUGAGAAAUUCAAAUGAUCUUUAUCAAUCAA